AUGUGGCCCUUCUCAAGCAGCUCUCUCUUCCCACCCCCCACUGAGGCCUGGCUCCAGAGAGCUGCCUCAGACCCCGAGGCCCAAGGCUGGGGGGCCUGGAGCAGGGCCAGGAAGCCCCCUCUGGGCCCAGGAUGCGGGGAGGAGGAAGACAAGAAGGAAGAGGACGCUGAAGACUCAAGCUUCCUGCUUUCUCUCUUGGAGAGGGAGAACCUGGCCGAGUGCCCGGUGCCUGAACAGGAGCUAGAGGCCAUCAAACUGAAGCUGUGGGCCAUCGCGGAGGCCCGGGAACCAAGAGGGCUGCCCGCCGAGUCCAGGGCUGCCGUGGGAGAGGAGGGCUCGGGGGCCACGCUGGCUGUCCAGCGGCUGCCGAGUCCCGAGACCGUGGGUUCCCCCUUCCUAGCGAGCCCCCAUGAGAAGAUGGAAGCUGACCACAGAUCUGUCUACGUGGGCAACGUGGACUACGGGGCCACAGCCGAGGAGCUGGAGGCCCACUUCAACCCCUGUGGGGAAAUCCACCGUGUCACCAUCCUGUGUGACAAGUUCUCCAGACACCCGAAGGGAUAUGCCUACAUAGAGUUUGCCACCGAGAGCUCCGCCCAGGCCGCCGUGAAGUUGGACGAGAGCGUCUUCCGGACGCGCGUCAUCAAGGUGCAGCCCAAAAGGACCAACUUCCCAGGGAUCAGCUCCACAGACCGAGGGGGCCUGCAGGGGCACCCGAGCGCCAGGGAGGGGCCCUUCCACCGAAGCAGUGUCCAGGGUGGGCCCAGGUUCAGAGCCCGAGGGAUGAACUGUCCUGGGUGUCUGCAAGGCCCUGACCGUGCUGUCCUCUCCGUACAGGGGACGUGGCAGACCCUCCCUGUGGUUCUCACCCUACUGACUGAUGGACUUCGCAAGUGGGGCUGCGGGCUGGGGCAGGAGCACACAGCUCAGUGA